CGCAACCAUGAAGCUCUAUACCUUCGCCGGCAACACCCACGCCCUGCAGACGCUCAUCGUCGCUCGGUACAACGGCGUCGACAUCGAGGUGCCGGCCUUCGAGAUGGGCAAGGACAACAAGUCGGCCGCUUUUCUCAAGAAGAGCCCGCUGGGCAAGGUGCCGGUGCUUGAGACUGCGAGCGGCUGCAUUUGCGAGGCGGCCGCUGUCGCCAGGUACGUCGCACGCAUGCGGGCCGAUACAAACAUGUUUGGCGCCACCUUUUUCGAGGCUGGCCAGGUGGACAUGUGGGUCGAGUUUGCCAAAAAUGAGCUCGAUCUGCCCGUCGGGAUGUGGGUGUUCCCCAUCCUCGGCUUCAUCGCCUCCAACGCCGCAAACACCAAGCAGGCUCAGGAGGACAUCGCGCGCGCGCUCGGUGUGAUGAACGAGCACCUGCAGUCUCGCACUUUCCUUGUGGGCGACGCGGUGACGCUCGCUGACAUCGUGGUGUCCUGCUCGCUGCUCAACGCGUUCAAGCUGGUCUUUGACGCGCCCUUCCUCGCCCCGUUCCCUGCCGUCGUCCGCUGGUUCACGACGUGAGACCCCCUGCCCCUGCCCCCCCUGCCCCCCGCCGCCCGGUGUGCCGUGCGGCGCUGGGGCCGCGCCGCCCCACCCGCGCCGCUCCCUCGCCGCCCCCGCCCCAGGUGCGUGUCACUCCCGGAGUUUCUUGCCGU